GUGGGGUGGUUUUGGAGAAGAGGUGUCCACUCUGGGAAAUAAAAACACUAAACCAGGAGGUAUCAUGAGAUGUGGGGUCACAGGUCAUGUCAGGACAGGGUGAGUUUACAAACCAGGAAGCAAAACUCAGAACAAUGCAAAUCAUCUGCUGCAGCUGAGCAGAAAAAACCUACCAAACCUCUCUCUCUCUCACACACACACACAUUUGUUUCACAUCCCAGUGAGGACCUUCGAUUGACAUAAUUAUUGCACUUAAUUAACACUUGGCCUGCAGCUAAACCUCGCCCUCACCUGAACCUCAGUAAUGAAAAGGAAACUUUUGGGCUUUUUUUUUUUAAACACAACAGCAGUUUCCUUAUGCGGCCCAUCCUUGUGGGGACAUUUGGUCCCCAGUAGUAUAUAAACACACACACACACACACAGUCAGUCGUCCUGAUCACCAGGUAAAACCCUGAAGUGUGUUCCAGAUGUCUCGUGUUUCUGUAUUAAUAAACCAUAAGCUCGUAAUUAAAUAUAAAUGUCCAUCCUGUCUGUGAGACGCAGCACAUCCUGAACUGCCUUUAUGAGCUUCUAAACACUGUGUUUACACACGACACACUCAGUAAACACUGGUGUUAUCUGUCUGUCUGAGUCACUGCAGCUGUUCGUCAAACACCAGCUCGUUCCUCCUGCUUUCAUUUAAACAUCACGCCUCAUUCAAACCCUGAACCUUCACUGUGCUGGAUUUAAACCCUGCAUCACGGAAACUGAAGCCUGGAGAACACAGCUCUGUCCCUGCAGCGUGUGUGUUCACUGGAAGCACACAGGUACCUGUAAGCCACACCCACAGCAGGUGGCACCGAACCAUCAGGUAGCUUUGCCUUCCAAAUGAGGAAAAGACACGACGGAGGAGCUGCUGGACACAACCCCGACUCCGGAACACGAACCCACACCCAUCCUCAGCCAUGAACUGGGCAUUCCUGGAGAGUGUUCUGAGCGGCGUGAAUAAAUACUCCACUGUGAUUGGUCGGAUCUGGCUCUCGGUGCUCUUCAUCUUCCGCAUCCUGGUGUUCGUGGCUGCUGCCGAAAACGUCUGGAAAGGCGAGUCGCAGGAUUUCGUGUGUAACACCCAGCAGCCAGGGUGCGUGAACGUCUGCUUCGAUAAGUUCUUCCCCGUGUCUCAGGAGCGUCUGUGGGCUCUGCAGCUCAUCAUGGUGUCCACGCCGUCCCUGCUGGUGGCUCUGCACGUGGCCUAUCGCGAGCACCGCGAGAAAAAACACGGAUGCAAACUUUACGAGGACAGAGGCAGGAUCGACGGUGGUCUGCUGUGCACGUAUCUCUUCAGCCUGCUCCUGAAGACCACCUUCGAGGUGGGCACGCUGCUCAUCUUUAACUUCCUCUAUCAUGGAUUUAAGGUUCCUCGGCUGUACCAGUGUGAGGAGAGUCCCUGUCCCAACAUGGUGGACUGCUUCAUCGGCAAAGCCACAGAGAAGACCAUCUUCCUCCACAUCAUGGGCUGUACGUCUGCCCUGUGUGUGGUCCUCAACGUAACCGAGAUGCUCUACAUCCUGUCCAAGCAGUUCUGGAAGUCUUUCAGUAAGAGGUACGUCCCUGUGGAACAGAAGAGGACGUGUAGAUGUCAAGUCUGCUCCACGUCUGCACUCGCUCUCGGCUCGGCCGCACCGAAUGCUGCAACGUCCACCGGCAGAGAGGACGGGGUUCAGGUUCAGGCGUCACAGGCUAUGAAGGAAACUCCCACAUGAUUAACACGCGCCACGUGGACUUCCUGUUCUCUUCUGUCACUGUUGGUCUGAGAAACAGAACUGUUUUUGAAAACCGCAACAAUUGUACAGACGUUUUUAAAGACCACAGAUGAUAGACGUGUAUUAACUUUGAGAUAUUUUGGAUUUUCUUUUCCACCAAGCUGAGAAAACGUUUCUUCACCCUUCGUUUGACUGUAAAUCUUAUAGUCCUUUAUUUUAAUGGAGAUGCAGAGUUUAGGUUAAAAGAUAUCCUGAGCUACGACUGAAGCACUUAAAUUGAUGAAUAAUUAAAUAUUAAAUAUAAUUAUACUCUACACAAUGAUUCUAAGAUCUUUGACAGAAGCUCCUGGACUCUCAUUACGGAGGACCUGGAGUUGUUGUUUGUAGUUUUCCUCUUGGUGACACUGAUAUUUGGAUUUGUUUAUACAGUAAUUUAUUUACACUGAUAACGAGUGUGAUGUCUUUCAGCUUCUCUUCUCAGUAAGGAAGUUUCCUGUUCAAUUUUUUUUUAAAAGAAGUUGUUGGUGGAAAAAGAUCUAAAACUUUCCACAAGUCUCAAGGAUCAGUCAGUUUUAUAUUUUUCUUAUAAUAAAUUUACACUUUUUUUUUAAAUUAAUAAAUACACCUGUAUGUUUCACACAGACACACUGGCCAGUCCAAAAAAAAAAAAAAAGUUUUGCCAACUAAUACUUUGUUGCUCCGCCUUCAGCUUUGUUUACAGCAUGAUAUUGGUUCAACACCCUUCUACACCGUCACAGCUUUCAUUUCUAUCCAGAGCUGCAUUAUUUCUUCUCGACUCCAGGAGAGUGGAACCUCUAAAGUCUUCUCCAGCACCACUCUCAGAGCCCUAAUUUUAUUCCAUCAGGGAAUUAAACCCCACUGAUGUGAACCUGCUUAUUCAGGUCAUCAGCUGACUUCAUUUUAUUGCCCCGUAAUGUUGCUGGGUCUCGACCUGACCAACUGAACCAACCCCGGAUCAUCACACUGCCUCCAGAGGCUUGGACAGCGGCCACUAUGCAUGACGGGGCGGAGCUUCUUGAACUUCUCUUCUUACCCUGACACGCCCAUCACUCAGGAACAGGGUCAGUCUGGACUCGCCAGACCACAUGACCUUUCUCCAUCGCUCCAGAGUCCAAUCUUUAUGCUCCUGAGCAAACUGAAACCUUUUCUCCCUAUAACGAGUGGGUUUCUUACAGACACAGUGGUUUAGUCAUUGGGAAAACCAUUUAGUCAUUACCAUUCAUUGGGAAAAUCCUUGAAAAAAUUGUCUUCAAUCAAUUAACUGCCUUCUUGAUAGCAAACAGCCGUUUUGAUAAUUUUCAGUCAGGAUUUCGUGCCAAUCAUAGCACUGAAACAGCGCUGAUUAAAGUUAUAAAUGACAUACGUCUUAAUACUGAUGCAGGCAGAACAUCGGUCCUGGUAUUACUGGACCUCAGUGCAGCUUUUGAUACUGUUGAUCACAACAUACUGCUAUAUCGACUUGAACACUGGGUUGGAUUGACUGGUAAAGUUAUCAAUUGGUUAAAUUCAUACUUAAAAGAUAGAAGCUUCUCUGUUACCCUGGGAAAUUGUUCCUCAACGUCAAUGCCCUUGACCUGUGGUGUCCCCCAGGGGUCGAUUCUUGGACCAUUACUUUUCAACCUUUAUAUGCUCCCACUUGGGCAAAUUAUCAAUAAAAAUUCAAUUUUGUAUCACUGCUAUGCAGAUGACACCCAAAUUUAUUUCGCUCCAUCACCUAAUGAUUAUGCCCCCCUUGAAUGUCUCUACCAGUGCAUCGAUCAAAUCAAUAGCUGGAUGUCACAAAAUUUUCUCCAGCUGAACACAGAUAAAACAGAAGUAAUUCUAUUUGGGAAAAAAGAUGAAAGACUCAGGAUUACCACUAUUCUUGACACAAAAGGGAUUAAAACUAAAGAAAUGGUUAAAAAUCUUGGUGUUUUCAUUGACAGCGAGCUAAAUUUUGACAGUCACAUGAAAGCAAUCACUAAAACGGCAUUUUAUCACCUAAAAAACAUUUCCAAACUAAGAGGACUUGUGUCAAAAAAUGAUUUGGAAAAACUUAUACAUGCCUUCAUCUCUAGUAGGGUUGAUUACUGCAAUGGCCUUUUCACAGGCCUGCCAAAAAAGACCAUCAAACGACUUCAGCUGGUUCAAAAUGCAGCGGCGAGGGUUCUCACACGAACAAAAAACAGAGCACAUUACUCCAAUUCUAAGGUCCCUUCACUGGCUUCCAGUAAGCUACAGAAUUGACUUUAAAGUAUUGCUGCUGGUGUACAAAUCUCUAAAUGGUACAGGGCCCAAUUACCUCUCUGAUAUGUUGCAGCGGCCUAACCCAAUCAGAUCUACCAGAUCGCAACAGAAAAAUUUACUAUUAAAGCCAGUUGUUAAAACAAAGUGUGGUGAAGCAGCUUUUAGCUACUAUGCAGUGCAGCUAUGGAACCAACUGCCAGAGGACAUUAAAAAUGCUCCUGCUGUUGGCAGCUUCAAAUCUAGGUCAAAGACCAAGCUGUUUUCAGAUGCUUUCUGUUAAAUAAUUAAUAUUGUCCUUUUUUGAAAAAUAAUUUUUAUUUUCUCUGCAUGUUUUAAAUUUACUUUAAUUUUAACUCUAUUUUAUUCUUUAUUCUAUUCUGCUGGUUUCCUUUUUCCCCCUCC